GAAAAGAUAAUAAAAUGCCCAUCCCAGACCCUCUCCUCGGGCUCUCCGUCGCAACAGGCACAAUCAAAAGCAAGCUUGAUGCCCAAUAACCCCACGCCGGACUCUCCCACAGAGAAGAGUUUAGCCCCAAGCCCCGGAGGCCCGGCAGGCCGCCUCCAGAGGAGCCCCCGCAGACGCCAUACUAAAAGUCAAAAUGGCUGCCCCAAGGAAGCCCGCACCGCGCAGCUAGUAAGGGUUGGGGAACAAGCUUCUGCGGAAAAGGGGGAGGGGGACUCUCGGAAGAGCCGUCGCCAGAACCGUAGGCAGGACUAUCGCCCCCCGAGCUGCACAGGUUCUAAUUACAGCCACCCCUUGACAUAACUUUUGAACUAUCUGGAAAAAUACCGCCCAGGGGAAAAAAAAAAUGAUAAAAUUUUUUCUCAUGGUGAAUAAACAAGGACAGACCCGACUUUCUAAAUACUAUGAACAUGUGGAGAUCAAUAAGCGUACACUUCUGGAAACGGAAGUCAUAAAGAGCUGUCUCUCCCGAUCUAAUGAACAAUGCUCUUUCAUUGAAUUUAAGGAUUUUAAGCUGAUAUAUCGACAGUAUGCAGCUCUAUUCAUUGUGGUUGGAGUUAACGACACUGAGAACGAGAUGGCCAUUUAUGAAUUCAUCCAUAAUUUUGUGGAAGUGUUAGAUGAGUACUUCAGCCGAGUGAGUGAACUAGAUAUAAUGUUUAAUUUGGAUAAAGUGCACAUCAUUUUGGAUGAGAUGGUGUUAAAUGGCUGCAUUGUGGAAACAAAUCGAGCAAGAAUUCUUGCCCCUCUACUCAUUCUUGAUAAAAUGUCAGAAAGCUGAAUGAUAGAAGGCUCUGCCAGACAACAUCAACCUGUAAAAAUGGGAAUACCUCUCAACAUCUGUAGCCCAAAAAAUGUGGAAGACUGCACACUGCAAAAGGGGGUGUCCUUUCAAAGACAUUUUAAAUAGGUGUUUUCCAUAGUUCCUAAAUGGAAAACAAAGCUGUAUUUUAAAAUAUGGUCUACAAAGAAAAAUUUUCUCUGAACUAAGAGACGAGUUUUAUUUUCUAAACAUAAGCAUUUUUUUCCCACCUGUUCAAAUUUUUUUGAGUUCUGAGGGUAACGUUUUUGUUCUCUGCUUCCCUAUGCACAUUUAAUUCAGGAUUAGCAGCAUGGGAAGAACAUGUGACAACUAUCAGCCAAUAAAAUUUUAAACACAUAGUACUUUGAAUGUUUUCUAAAUGCUCUUUUUCCUUAAAAUGUUUUUAAGUCAAAACUUUACAAAAUUGUGUAACUAAUAAAAAUUGAGAAUUAAAUUUUAUUUGCCAGUUUCUAAAAAGCCUGAUAACCGUAUUAUUUGCACUUGGCAAUUAUAAUGUCAUCAUGUUAUUAAUUCACUUAUAAUGUUACUACCAAAAAUGAAUGGUUACACAUUAAAAUGGUUACAACCAUCCUUUAGGCCAUAUUGUAAAUGGUUUGUCUUAUUAGUAAACUUAUCUGUAAGUGAAAUUUGCUUUAGUUCAAAGUCUAAAAAUAGAAUGUAAGAGAGUGUCUCUUUUGAGGUUGGCAUGAUAUGAACCCUUCUCCCCUGCCUCCCUAACUCAUUCCUUCUCUUGGAAUGUCCUGAAGCAAAGAAAACUAAGUCACUAUAGAAAAGCAAUGGUCUGACCUUUCCAAAUGUUCCUAGAUGGGUUUGCUACUUGAGUCAACAGUAAAGCAUACAGAAUUGUCUUUGGUAAAAGCAUGUUUUAUGUGCAUAUUGGGAAGGAAGGCAGAUUUAAUGGAGGAAAUAGAACUACAGUCUUGGUACAUUAAGAUAUUGCACCAUCCUAUGGAAUUCUAAGAGUUUUCAUCUACAACACUCUAUCCUCCAAAAGAAGACAUAAAUGGACAUUCCAGGUAUUGAUGAUUCUUUCGGUACUGUUUGCUUUUGUUUCUUUCUUUUAUAUGUGGGGGGUGAGGGAAGGAUUUCUUUUAAAUCUUUAUUUCUAAAAAUCUAUUUACAUAUUUAAAGUUUGCAUCUAUAAAGAGCCAGGCAACCAGUCAAUAAUGGAUUCUAAAAGCAAACCUAAGUUGUUUUGAACUCAUUCAGAAAGGCUGAAGUCAGGCUUCUGACCGCCAGAACAGCAAAUGCUACACGUGUAUAGACCUCCCUUUGCCUUAAGUAGCCACGGUGUGGGGAAAGCCUAGUCUAGAUCAAAGUGCUCUGGAGGUCUUUCUAAGACAUAGUUGGGCAACACUGUCCUAGUUGGUAGGCACUGAAUCAGCAGCACAGUCAGGUAACUGCUGAAACUGGUACACCAGAAGUAACUAGGGAGUGAACAAAAUUAAUUUUUAGGUCACACCAAAAUAGCACUUGGAUAACAUCUUGGCACAGAUUUUCGUACCUUUAGAGAAUAACAAUUUAAAAAAAUACUAGGUAGAUACCAAAGGAAAGAAAGCUGAAGAACCUAAUAUAUGUGGAGACCCUGGCAGAUGUUACCUAACACUUGACACAUGCAAAGUGAACUGUAAUAGGACUAUCUGUUCUUCUAGGCUGUGUCAUCAUUUCCCUUCAAGUUUACUGCUGAAAUGUGAUGAAUAGCUUUAAGUGAUUUUCACACUCAAGAAAUUUAUGCCUCAGAUUGGUCAGCUUUAUCUUGAAGACUCCUGACAUUUCAUUUACUGAAUGUAUAAGACUCAUCAAUUUUACCUGCUACGGCGAUGUGCUAGACCAGGAUUCAGCAAACCUCUUCUGUAAAGGGCCAGACAGUAAAUACUUUAGGCUUCAUGGGCCAUAAGGUCACUGCUGUAAACACUCAGUUCUGCCACUGUAGUGUAAAAACAGCCACAGAUAAAUACGUAAAGGAAUGAGCAUGGCUGUGUUCUAACAAAACUUUAUUUAUUUAUGGACACUGAAGUUUGAAUUUCAUAAAAUUUCCACAUCAUAAAAUAUUCUUCUUCUUUGGCUUUUUUUAAACCACUUAAAAAUGUUAAAACCAUACUUAGCACUUGGGCAAUACAAAGCAAGCAGCAGGCCAUCGUUUGCUGAGCCCUGUGCUAGAUUAGUCUUGAUAAAAGAUGGGUUAUUGACAGACAUUUUACAGAUUUAGAUAAAU